CUGAAGGAAUUCCCAAAAAACUACUUAAAAAACCUGAACAACCUGGCGAAACUUGAUCUGAGUAACAACAGGAUAUCUAAUAGUUUCUACAUACCAAGACAUGUUGUAUUAGUGAAUCUCAAAAGUAAUUUGCUAAGACCAUCAAUGCUCCAUGGAAUGUUCCACAACCUCACUUUGCUUAAAGACUUAGUUUUAUCAAUGAAUCCGUUAAGUGAUGGUCUGAUACCAGGAACAUUUUUUGGUCUGGAUAACCUUCUUAAUCUUGAAGUAGCUUUUGCUGGACUUAAAGAUUUACAAGUAGGAACAUUUGCUGGUCUGAAAACCCUGAACCAACUUAACGUCAGUUAUAAUCAAAUCUCGAUGCUACGAAAAGGCGUCUUAAAUGGAAUUGGCAAGAAGAAAAAGCCUUCACUAAGUGAAGUAUAUUUCAGUGAGAAUAACAUCUCCAAUAUCGAGGAUAGAGUGUUUGAGGGACAUAAUUUCAUCACAGAAAUUCAUCUAGCUGACAACAGGUUAACAUCGAUUCCAGAUUUAAAAGGAGUUAACUCAAAUUUCCAAAGACUUCAAUUUUCAGGGAAUCUCAUCUCUGAUCUAUCGUCUCUCUCCAAGUCUGGAAUCAAGAGCAUCAGAACACUGCAAUUGCAAGAAAAUAAUAUAUCAGUGAUCCCCCCUGACACGUUCAAGAAUAUCAACAUUCUAUUUGUCUUGGAUUUGUCUUUCAAUUCUAUCCAGAGGAUCCCAGCGAGACUGUUCCAGGGCUCAUACAUGAGCCAGUUAAAUUUGCAGAACAAUAGAAUUAGCAUUCUAGAAAAGGACAGUUUUGCUGGGCUACCAAAUCUUCGAGGAUUGUUCAUGUUACGAAAUGAACUACAGUUUUUACCCGACUCUUUGUUUGAAAACAUGGGAAUUGAUACCCUAUUUUUAAGUGAAAAYAAUUUUACCAAGCUAACGGGACGACCUUUUAAGGGAAUGAAUAAAACCAACCUGGACAUACAACUAUUCUCCAACACGAUCCAUGAAAUUGAUGACAGUUUUUUCAGUGAUAUAAAAGGCACAUCGAAAAUAACACUAGACUGUAAGAACCUCAAAGAUCUUCCUCGUCUUCCAGUUUCAUCGCAAGUGCAUUGUACAGAACACUAUUCCCAACAAUGGAUCGAAGGACUUCGUAAAACUGUGGCCAAGUCUCUUUCAAAAUCUGGGUUCCAAUGUUUUAGAAUCUUUUCAGAAUAUUAUCGUUGUAUACCAUGYGGGCCAGGUACAUAUGGUGGUGAUGGAAAAUGUCGAAACUGUUCUGCGGGAGGGUUUUUUCAGGACGAGUUGUCAGAGCUAGAUUGCAAAAAAUGCAACAUCGGCACAUUUGUCMAACCCAAGAAUGCACCAGCCACCGGACCGCUGACCUGUCAGGCAUGUCCACAAGGUACGCAGUCAAGUCAAUGGUCAGGAUACAGAGCAUGCAAAUGUCUCCAAAACUUCCAUAGAUUUGAUCGAUUUGAUCAGUGCUUUCCAUGUCCAAGUAAAGGUUUGAAUUGCUCCAACGACUACGCCAUUCUUUCAGAAGGCUACUACUGGGAAUGGACAAAUGAAAGCAUGAAAARCGACUACGAUAGCUACAUUACCAACUUGAUGAUUGAAAGCAGGGACUAUACAAGCGGGACGUGGACAUUUACAGGGUCKCUUCCAGUGCCUCACAAAUGCCCGCGUAAGUCAUGCCGCGGUGGACUGAACUCUAGUUGUGACAUUGGUUACCAUGGUCCUCUCUGCUCACUUUGUGACGUAGGCUACUAUAACAGGAUGAACAGCUGUAUCCGCUGUCCUACAAGUCUUUGGGCUAUCAUCGAAGUGGUCAUAGUUAUUGUACUGUUUAUAUUAGUUCUACUGGCCAUAAUGUGGGGUGAGAAUAAGCCGGUAUUCGAGCAUAACGACAACGAACGAAGAAGAACCAUURCUGAUAAGAUUUUGUCGUGUUUCAAGAUUGUCAUUGGUUUUUACCAGGUAAUGUCUGGAGUUUACUCUGCGUCUACUCGAAUCGAAUGGCCUUCAUCUGUUAUUUGGAUGCAGAAAGCUGUUCAGUUUGUCCAGUUUAAUGUCCUGGAAAUCGCACCUCUAAGCUGCAUAUCAUCAAAACUGUCUUUCAACGCCAUUCARCAGUUCGUCAUUGUCAUUGGUUUGAAUGCUGGCGUUGUUGGUGUAUUUCUUGUCUAUUUGUUCGUACGAAUCMUAUUUCUCAGGCGAAGUAGACGGAAUCCUUUCGAUAUCGAAGAAGCUGUUCUAAAAGCUAAAAGUUCAGCCAUUCGUAAUAUCUGUGUUUUUCUGUUUGCGUCUUAUCCCAAGACUUGCACGAGUAUCAUCCAAGUUCUGCCAGUGAACUGCUUGUCUCUCUGCUUUGAUAACCAACACGACCAUUGCAGCUCGUAUCUUCGUGCUGAUUUCUCGAUUCUUUGCAGCRCAAAACCGAACUACACCAAUUACUCGCKGGCUGCUAUGGUUUUCCUUUGGUAUCCUAUCGGCUUUCCUUUGGUCGUGAUGAUCUUAGUKUGGAAAUACGCCUCAAAAGAAAGCACUGAAGAUGAAAAUGGCGGACAAUGCACUGAUCAUGAUGUUCCUUCAAGUGGAGCGUUCACUUUCACGACAUCUUCAGCCGAAUCUCCAUUCAAAUCUGGUCUUCGUCUGUUCAGUGAGAACUACAAGCCAAGUUGCUGGUACUGGGAAGGACUGGAGAUGAUCCGGAAGUUGGUUCUCGUUUCCGGGUUAGCUCUGAUUGGUGAACACAGUCGUACCCAGRUUGGUCUCGGCGCAAUUGUUUCCGCGCUGUUUGCAGUUCUUUACGUAUACAAACGUCCAAUCAGAAACAACUUUGAAAACCUUCUGCAAACCAUCUCGUUAAUGGCGAUAUUCUUAAAUCUUGGUAUUGGCACGAUGUUGAAGUCAUCUGACAACAGCGACGACAUCAYUGUGAACAAGCACAAUGACAACAUUGGUGUCUCAGUGUUGCUGAUUAUCAUUAAUACUCUCGUCAUUGGCUUGGUUAUUGUUGCUUUGAUAAGGGUUCUCAUUGUGAAUAUUCAUGCAUCUUGCUCUGGUCGUGUCAAUUGCUGUUUAAGCUGCUGCCUGAGACUACAGUUCUUAGCAAYUGCAGCGCAACAUAAUAACGAACAAGAUCCAUUGCUGCCAAUAAAUUACGGCGUCUAAUGGAAAAGAUGCUUAAGAAAAUACAAAAACGAUAGCUAUCGAUUAGGCUAAACAACUGAUUUGUUAGUCUCCUGGUUAUGGAACUGAGUCAAGGCAAGGUCAACUUUUAAGUGUACUGUCUUUUUCUCUAGGCUUUUAGCUUAUUUCACAAACCAGAUCAUGCGCAAAGAAAAGUUGCAAAACCCUUGACAAGGUGGAAGGACAUGUGCAUCUCUUCAUGAGAGCAAAAAGUAGGAGUUAUCAUAAUCAAAAUUUGAUGAGGAGUAUGCACUAAUUAAAUAAACAAAUUGCAGCACCCAAGCACCAGCACAAAUAUGAAAUUCAAAUCGGUUUGUUAAMUAGUACGUAUUUUAGAUGUUUUUAUCCAGCGACGUACUAUAACAAGCAUUUGUGUGAAUAGUGUGGAGGUCUUUGAACUUUAUUUUAAGAUUUGUGGAAAAUAAAUUUUUAUGAAAAGAUUGCU